UGGAGCUGAGGCCGCCGCACUCCUCGUGCUUCUCAGGCGCUAUAGUGGGAAAGUUGGAUGCGGUUGACGAAUGCUUGAAUAUUCUCGGUUGUUAAGGGACGAGUCUGUAGCUCGAAAAGAUUUUAAAGGAAUAUAUCAUCGCUGACAGACACACAGUGAAGAUUAAACUUGUCUUAGAUGGAAGCAGCAAAGGAGAAUUGCCAUUCUGAUAUGAAUAACAUGGAGAUAAUCACUGUAAACAUGAAGGAGGAAGACUAUGAAAGUAAUACUGUCUGCCCUAAGCAGGAAAGCCUCUGCAUUAAGGAGGAGCAUUAUGAACCAGGGUCAGUGGGCAUUAAAGAAGAGUGUGAGGAGACAAUGAGCUCCUUCGUGACUGACACACGGAUACAUAUAAUUAAUGACUGCAUCAAAGGAGAAGACCUCCAUUCAGAGUCUGUUCUUCAGUACGAUUGUCAAGAGAGAUGCUGUUCAUUUCAGAAGUGUUCUGUAAAUCUAAAAUUGGAAUCCGCUGAGGACAUGUCAUCAAGGAGAGCACUGGGAGAUCAACCAUCAUCUUCAAAUGAGUCUGGAGAAAAUUUACAAGAUGGUGGAAGAUCCUCUUUGUCUUCGUUUCCUCAGAUUUCCUUCCACUGCAGAUCAAAACAGACGGUGCUUGAAGAAAACAUGAUGAAAACAACAUCGGGAUCAGAGUUUUCAAUACCGACCAAUCUACAAUAUCAUUCUGUGCCUGUUGAGGAUUUAACAAAUACAGACACUGUGAACAUUGACAACAAAGACAAUCAGGGGAAACACUUAUGUUCUGAGUGUGGCAAAAAAUUCUCAAAAAAGGUCUAUCUUGAAAUCCACGCUAGAAUUCACACUGGAGAAAGGCCAUUUCAGUGUAUUGAGUGUGGCAAACGAUUCUGUCAUAGAAGCUAUGUCUGGCUCCACACAAGAACUCACACUGGAGAAAAGCCAUAUUGCUGUACUGAGUGUGGAAAACAAUUCUCAAGGAAGAGUCGUGUUGAAACCCAUAUGAGAAUUCACACUGGAGAAAAGCCCUAUGAAUGUAAUGAAUGUGGCAAACAAUUUUCAGUCAUGAGCAAUCUUCGGAGACACACACGAAUUCACACCGGGGAGAAACACCAUAGCUGUUCUAAAUGUGGGAAACGAUUCUCACUAUUGGGUAAUCUUCUGAACCACAAAAGAACCCACGUUGAAAAGCCCUAUCACUGUCAUGAAUGUGGAAAACAACUUGCAAGUAGGAGUAGUCUUCGAAGACACACAAGUAUUCACAUUGGAGAGAGAAAAUACUGCUGUUUUGACUGUGGUAAACAAUUCUUACAGUUGGUUGAUCUUCAGGCCCACAGAAGAACUCAUACUGGAGAAAAGCCUUACCACUGUAAUGAAUGCGACAAACAAUUUUCAGUUAAAAGCAAUCUUCGAAGACACAUGAGAAUUCAUCUUGGAGAGAAGCUGUGUUGCUGUAAUGAAUGUGGCAAACAAUUCUCUACCAAACACAGUUUGCAGAAACAUUUGAAGUCUCACUUAGGGAAGAAAAUGAGAAAACUGACAAAAAGGAAACUGGAACAUUUUGGAGAAACCAACACAAAGAUCCCCAAGAGUGAAGUGAAGAGGCAGGAUGGAGAAGUAAACUAUACACAGACGGAAAACGCACAACUGAAAGAAAAGGAAUAGUUUGAGGCAGCAGCCAAAGUAAUAAAACACAUUGUCAGAAGAGCUAACAAUUGUAAGACAACAGGUUCAGACAUCAUGCCCAACUUGUGGCUUACUCAAAACUAACAUGGCCAAUUGUGAAAAGAGUCUAAUGUGGCCAACUUCAGGUGAUACCACAGUGGCCUAUCACAGGAGCAACUUCCUUGUGUUCAGACUGAAGCAAACCAAAGUGCCAAAAAGCUUCCAUUCCCGCACCCUGCCUCUCCACUGUACAUAAACCGUCAACAGUUGUCAAUAGGUACAGAACAUAUAAUAACCUGCAUCAAAAUAAGUAGAUGUGGCAGAAAAACAGAAGGGAAAUUAAAAAUGACAUACUACACACAUUAAUUCUUCAGUGGCUAGAACUUAUACUACUGUCGUAAACAUUAUGUAGAUCACUAUGCUACACUGGCAAACAACCAUGCAGCUUUACCUUGACAAAGACCAGAUUACAAUUCCAAAUAUUUAGAUAUGAUGCAGAGUAUUCCUUGGAGAUGCUUUAUUACCUUUCUUGUGCUAAACCCACAAAAGCACCCUUCCUUAAUGACCUCUUUCAUGGAAUUAACAUCAGCACUUGAAAUCGAUGGUCUCUCUUACUUGUUCAUCACCUGCAACUGUCCAGCUCCAAAAACUGACACCUCGACUACUCAUCACUCUUACUAAAACAAAUCCCAAAUGACAUCCUAAUAUUAAAUUCAUCCAGUAAAAAUUACUAUCAUGCGAAAAUAUAAACCUGGAUGAAGAACGUCCUUGGAGAUCUAAAGCCAAUGAAUACCUGGGGGAUAAAAGACAGUGAAGACGUGAUUCACAAAGCCCAAAAUGUCUAAUGAAUGUAACCCUUACAGUACAUCACAAAAAUCAAGCCAAACACCUUCAUGCCAUCCUCGUCUAUUUAACAGCUUCAGGUAGGCCACCAAGUGACCUUCAUAAACUGGAAACUAAAAUAAGAAAAUUUAAGUUAAUCAACUAAAUGUGUAAGAAUCAACACACUUGAAGAACCUAUAUCCAUAGAUCUGAAGGUGAAAUAGGCCUAAUGGACUACAGAUACAUACCGAGCAGCAAAUGCUAGACUGCAGGUCUACCUGAUGUAUUCUCAACAUGCACAGAAGGAAACCCACCAUAACGUAAAAACUUUGAGUAACUGUUCCAU